AGUUGCCUCCCUUCCACACCUCUCCUCCUCGGAGGCAAGAGCAACAACAGUUGAGACAAAAAAGAGUAAAGAAGUCUUGAGGGCUGUGACAACCAGCUCCCUAAACUGUUUAAGGAAGGUAACAAGAAGACGUGAAGAUGGGAACUAUACAAGAGGCAGGAAAAAAGACAUUAAAUCUUGGGGAAAAAGGAGAAGAAGCAGAACUAGGAGCAACCCUGAGUGUUGGGGGACUGGAGCUGAAGGAGGAAUGGCAGGAUGAAGAAUUCCCUAGAUUGCUUCCUGAGGAGGUUGGCCCUUCUGAAGAUCCUGAAGACCCUAAAAGAGAUUCACAGGCAGGUACCCCCAGUACAUUAUCCCUGUGUGGCCAGCGCCCCAUGCGUAAGCGUCUUUCUGCCCCAGAGUUGCGGCUGAAUCUGACUGAGGGGUCUGAAGACAAUGGAGCUUCUCCCCGCCAUUCUGCACCUUCCUCUCCUGAUGACAGUUCUGACCUGGAGGUAGACGAAUUGGAGACACCCUCAGACUUGGAGCAGCUGGACAGUGGACAUGAAUUUGAUUGGGAAGAUGAGCUGCCCCAGGCAGAAGGUCUGGGAGCCAGUGAGGCAGCUGAAAGGCUGGGCCGGGGUUGUGUGUGGGAUGUGGCUGGAGAAGACGGUCAUCGCUGGAGAGUGUUCCGAACAGGACAGCGGGAGCAGCGAGUGGACAUGACUGUCAUCGAGCCUUAUAAGAAAGUCUUAUCUCAUGGAGGUUACCAUGGUGAUGGCCUCAAUGCUGUUAUCCUCUUUGCUUCCUGUUAUCUACCCAGAAGCAGCAUCCCCAACUACACCUAUGUCAUGGAACACUUGUUUAGGUAUAUGGUGGGAACUCUGGAGCUGCUGGUAGCUGAAAAUUAUUUGCUUGUUCACUUGAGUGGAGGCACAAGCAGGGCCCAAGUUCCACCUCUGAGCUGGAUGCGCCAGUGUUACCGUACCCUGGAUCGGAGGCUCCGGAAAAACCUGCGAGCCCUGGUUGUUGUCCAUGCCACGUGGUAUGUGAAGGCAUUUCUGGCACUGCUUCGGCCCUUCAUCAGUUCCAAGUUCACACGAAAGAUCCGUUUUCUGGAUAGCCUGAGGGAGUUGGCCCAACUAAUCUCCCUGGAUCAAGUCCACAUCCCUGAAGUUGUCAGACAGCUGGACCAGGAUCUUCAGGGCUCCAGAGGAACUUAGCACAGGACUGGAUAAAGGGACUUAGAACCAAGCAAGAUAGCAAUCUGCCUACACCGUAAUUUCUGAAACAUUUGCUUUGUAAAUCAUCUUAUCCUCAAUCCCACUACCAUUGGAUCUUCACUUCUCAAUGGGAUGUCAUCCCUCCCAUGACCCUGCCUUCAGCAGGGCUUUGAGGUUGGGAACCUGAUCUACCGAGUGACUUCUUUUUCAGCUGUUGGGGUGGAAGGCUCAGUGUAGUGGCGUUUUGUAUGAGAAAGGCAGAGCUCUGGGUUUUAAUCCUGCUUUAGCUGUAGAACCUUGAGCAAAUAACUUCUCUUUGGGUCUCAUUUUCCCCUCUGUUAGUGAAGGGACUGCGAUCCUUUCCACCUUGGGUAUCCUAGCGGGGGGGAUGGGGGGAUGGGAGGGGCUUGACUUACUACAACCAGCCUGCCUGCUGGGAGCUCCUUCUAAGUCAUGUCUGCUGGCUGUGAGCCUGGGAAGGAGUGCUGUCAAAACCUGUAUUUUUGGCCCUCU